GCGAGUUGCGGAGAUUAGAGUUUUAACGCUGCGCUCCGGAACGUAGGAAGACCAGAGUCGGCCGUCACCUGCCAGGAGACCCGCUCCCGAUCCCGAGAGGACCGAGAGGCGGGCACGGUAACGGACGGCGGUUCAGAAACGGCGUCUGAGCAAACACAAGAGCACCGAAGCGGCUGCCGCAUCGCUCCCCAGCCUCUCCCGUGGAAGAAAUCCGGUCCUGAGCAGGAAAAAGACCGUUCAGAGAAGCCGGUGUUCACCAAGAAAGAGAGGAAGGCUGACGGAGCAGACGCUCUGAGCGCAGCUGAAGAGAAUCGGAGGAAAACGGAGGGAUUAUUUCAACAUUUGGACCGAGGCAGGAUCCCUGGAUUCUUCUCUUACCUUUUUUCAUUCCUGUCUGUUUUUGUUGGGGAGAGAUUCAUUGAAACUGACAUUAAUCUUUUGAGUCACACUAAUGUUGGCACUCCACAUCUGCCUGAAGAUGAAAGUAUGCGGCGUGUUUUUUUCUUUGUGAGUGUUCUGACUGCCAAGUUUGAGAGGUACUCUGGGAAUCUGAGGGCUUUUUCACUUGUGUAAUCCUUUUCAUGUUCUGCUUUUGUGAUCUGUUAUCUCAGUCUUUCUUUUCCUGAUAAGGUUUUGUUUCUCAUCAAACAAAGAGGAGGGGGGGGGGCUGUUUCUCAAGUUUCCCAGCCUCGAAACUGAGAAGCAUUUGCAUUCCAGUUGGCUUCACAAGGGGACAAAUCCUCCCUUGUUUGUCUGAUAGGGCGAGUGUUUGAGUUGGUCAGUGUCCCUCUGUAUCGGGGGGACAGUAACCGACCCUGUCAGUCUCUUCUGGGAAAAAUGGGAUCAGAAAAGGACUCGGAGUCGCCUCACUCCUCGGUGAGUGGCGUCCCCAACCCUAAGUGCCGUGCGGCAGGCAAACGCCAGGGCCGCAUCUCCUUCCACAGCCUCUUCCACAGUAAACGGAGCUCUCGGGGAACCAGGGCCCCAAAAGGAGGAGCGGCCACCGCUUUAUCUCAUCAUCACCAACAUCACCACAUGCAACAACAGCUGCUUCCUUCCGCCUUGAGUUCAGCAGCUGCUGCAGCUGCUGCUGCUGCACCCACCACAACGACCACCGCAACCGCCACGACCCCCCAGGACGCAGCCUCCGGCACCCCCUCAAAGCCGCUCUCCUCCAGCCAGCCCUCCCUGGGGGGAGGCGCUUCAUCGGGGGAGGCCAAUCUCCUGGAGUGCCCCCUGUGCCUGGUGCGCCAGCCCGCUGAGCAGCUCCCGGAGCUGCUGGGCUGCAGCCACCGAUCCUGCCUCUGCUGCCUGCGCCAGUACCUCCGCAUCGAAAUCACCGAGAGCCGAGUCCAGCUCAGCUGCCCCGAGUGUGCCGAGAGACUGGCCCCGCGGCAGGUGGCCGACAUCUUGGAUGAUGCAGCCCUGCUGGAGAAGUAUGAGGAAUUCCUACUGAGGAGGUGCCUCGCUUCCGAUCCGGAUUGCCGAUGGUGCCCGGCGCCCGACUGCGGGUUUGCCGUCAUCGCCUCGGGCUGUGCCAGCUGUCCCAGGCUGGUUUGUCGCAGAGAAGGCUGCGGCGCAGAGUUUUGCUACCACUGCAAACAGGCCUGGCACCCCAACCAGACCUGCGACUCGGCCCGCCAGCAGAGGGCGCAGUCCCUGCACACCCACAGCAACCACUCGCCCAGCUACACGCAGGAGCAAGGCCCCGCUGAUGACAUCAAGCCGUGCCCCCGCUGUGGCGCCUACAUCAUCAAGAUGAACGACGGGAGCUGCAAUCACAUGACCUGUGCCGUCUGCGGCUGCGAGUUCUGCUGGCUCUGCAUGAAGGAGAUCUCCGACCUGCACUACCUCAGUCCAUCUGGCUGUACGUUCUGGGGGAAGAAGCCCUGGAGCAGGAAGAAGAAGAUUUUGUGGCAGCUGGGCACUCUGAUCGGAGCUCCGGUCGGCAUCACUCUUAUCGCGGGCAUCGCCGUCCCCGCCAUGGUCAUCGGCAUCCCGGUGUACGUCGGCCGCAAGAUCCACGCCCACUACGAGCUGAAGAAGACGUCUCGUCACCGAAGGAAUCUGGCCAUCACGGGGGGCGUGGCCCUGUCAAUCAUCACCGCUCCUGUCAUCGCAGCUGUCAGCGUGGGUAUCGGCGUGCCCAUCAUGUUGGCCUACGUGUACGGCGUGGUGCCCAUCUCUCUGUGCAGAGGGGGGGGCUGUGGCGUGAGCAGAGGAAAGGGGCGCGGUGUGCGGAUUGACUUUGAUGAGGACGAUGGACCGAUCACAGUAGCGGACGCGUGGCGAGCCCUCAAGUCUCCGAGCCUCGGCGAGAGCAGUCUGGACGGGGCGGUCAGCGGUCUGAGCACCACCUCUCCCAGUGAGGGGCUCUCCGUGGCCCCUGGGACUCUGGGCGACACGCCACACUUCAACACCCUGGCCGGUGGUGCUCUGGGGACUCGCACAAGCAAGUACAGCAGGCUGGAGGUCCAAGCAGGGGAACUCGCCAAAGAAUCAGCCCAGAGAGAGACAGGCAGCCUGGGGGCCGGGAGCGACUGUGCCAGCACCCGAGGAAUGGCCGGAUCCAUCAUCUCCUCCUACACUCUACCUGACAGGGAGUGCACCAACCUGGAGAUCCAGGUGGACAUUGAGACCAAACCCAGCCAUCUCUGCCUGACCAGCGAAGAGGACCUAACCCCACAUCCGGGCUCUGCUGCCAUGGCGACCGCCUCGGGAGGGGAGGAGCCCCAGGACUGCAGCUCCAGAAGGGGCGGGGCUUUGUCGGGCUCAGCGCUGGGACUGUCGCCGGGAACGUCAAUCAGGGAGGGGCUCAGAGACGUCACCCUGGCUCAGCCGGAGAGCAUCCGCAGUGACCUGGAGAUGUCAGACACUCAGUCAGACGACAUCGCGGAGCUGACGUCGGACGACUGCGACUCUCCUCACCCGAAAAGCUGUCACCCGGCGGCCGGCCAGCAGCCCCAGCCCCCCUCGUGCCGAGCCGUGAACCCCUCCACCGAAGGCCUUCACUGUCCUGCAGACAGCAACGUCAUCCUCUACGUCUGAGAGAGAAAAGCAGUUCUCAGGAUUGCACAGAAACAACCCUGAACAUUUACACGUGGACUCAUCAAAGCUUUUUCCUCUCGUCAUCUCUCGUUUGCUGCUUUUGCGACUCACAGACGCCGUCUUAAACACAGACAGCAUUUCUUUAUGUUGGUCUGUCUUCUCUUUCUACCUGCCAGUCUACUCUCUGUCAGGGUUCUACCUCUGAGAUUUAUAAGAUGAUUUAUGUUUACUCCCUGGUGCAAAAUGCCGUGGCUACUUAAGCAAAAAAAAAAAAAAAAAAAAGAGAGAGAGAGAGAGAGAGAGAGAAAAAAAGACAAGAGGUACAAAUUUUCAAUAUGGCAAACUGAAAUUAUGAACUGAGGUGAAACAUCACCAAGCACAGCAGAGAGACGAGGAUUGCUGGGACAGCAGAGGACGCUCGCCGAGGAUGUUUUUAAAAAUGUGUGAAUGAAUGUGGACUUUGUACUCACUUAUUGUGGCUUUAUUUUCCCUUUUUUUUCCCCCCCCUCUAUUUAUAUUCAGACGACCUUGAAAUUGUAUUAUUUGCAGUGUGCAUGAGUCUGCAUGAGCCAUUGCUUGUGUGGAAGGUUGCAAACGGGCAGCAUGUUUCUGUUACACUGCUGAAAGUUAAAGUUUACUUCAGAGGACGAAGUUGCACUUGAAUCUCACGUUCACUGCACGGAGGAGGAGGAGGAGGAGGAGGAGGAGGAGGAUGGACACAGAUUGAAAAAAAAAAAAGGGUCACUGCUGUGGAAGUAAAUGACAGAGUUCUGACAGGUCCUGGAGCUGUGAAAUUUGUUGUCUGUGUGAAGGUUUGUCUGUUUUGCAUUCGUCAGUGUUGCAGAUUAGAUGAACGACCCCCCCGAGAAACACUUUUUUUUAAAUCUUAAAAAUGGAAAAAACCAAAAAGUCCUGCAGGUUUCCUCUGAUUUUCCUUUUCAGCUGAAUAUGUAACAGUUAUAGAAACGCUUAAACACAAACUCGAAGCAGUUUUCAUGAACUGAAUGAAGGCAGAAGGCAACACAGCCGCCUUCAGGCUGCCCACUAAAUGAUCAGCUGUAUUUACAGUUACAUGUUAUUGCAGCAAUGCAGUUUCAGCUUUCAGUCCACCUUCAAAAUUUAAUAAAUCAUGUUUACAUUUCUCAUGAAGAAAAACUAAAUGCACAGUACAGUAUUAAUGCCAGUACAGCUCUAUGGAUAAUAAUGAAACUAAUUUAAGGGUAGAUGCACAGUCCUCCUCAGUGGAAGGAGGUUAUUUAUUCAUGAGGAUUAGAGGUGGUUUGGGCAUCAGAUUGGGAUCCUGGGCACCUCUUGGGUGAGGCGCUCCGGGCAUGUCUGAGCAGGAAGCACGCUGGAUAUCUUUCAGCCGGCUUGGGAAAACCUCGGCGUUCCCAGAAUGAGCUGGCAGAGGCUGGAGAGAGAGGGAGCUCUGGUCUAUAAUAUAUAAUUUAUUGCUACCAAUAAUGUAUUAAUCCUGUGUGGAAAACUAUUUUCAUUCCUGAUUAAUCUGCUGCUAAUUUUCUUGAGUUAUCAAUCAACAGUUUCUUUUAUCAUGUAAUUAUCGUGUAAUUAGCAGCAGAACACCUCAGUGCCAAAGCUGGAACCGAGUACGCCAUCAGCUGCAGUCACUCUGAGUACAAGAACGACUUCACCUUCACUUCAAACGCUCGACUUGAAGAUGCACACGUUCUCUGUCAGAACUCUGUCAGUAGGUCACAUGACCAAGUUAGUGUUUUACAAUUCGCUGCCUGCUUGCCUUAUCGACACUCGCUGACCAAACACAGCAGCACACACCCGACUGGUUUCGGAGGUUUUGGUUUCUGACGUGUUAACCGGCCGUGUGACCCACUUGAAUGUUGUGUGUGUGUGUGUGUGUGUGUGUGUGUGUGUGUGUGUGUGUGUGUGAAUCCUGAUGAAUGUAUUUGUGUUUCCCACUUUUAUUUUUUGAAUGAGCACUUGUGCACUUUAUC